CGGGGCGGGGCGGAGGGGCGCCAAGAUGGCGGCGGCGGCUGUGGCGGCGGCAGCGGGGCAGGGAGCGGCGGUGGCGGCAGCAGCGGGGCGGCGCUGAGCCGAGCCCAGCGGGGCAGAGCCGAGCCCAGCUCAGCCCAGCCGAGCUGAGGAAGCCCCGCGGCGGCUCCUGAGGCCUGAGGAGCGGCGGGGAGGGCGGGCGGGGGCCCAUGUGCGGCGGCGGCGGCCCCCCCCCGCCCCCCAGUAGCGGCGGCGGCGGCGGCCCGGUGGCGGCCAGGAGCCGCUGAGGAGGCUCGGAGCGACUGAGGAGGAGGAGGAGGAGGAGGCGGCAGGAUGAAGUUCGCCGAGCACCUGGCGGCGCACAUCACCCCCGAGUGGCGGAAGCAGUACAUCCAGUAUGAGGCUUUGAAGGAGAUGCUGUAUGCAGCUGUGGACGAGGCCCCUUCUAUAGAAGACACGGAUGAAGACACAGUGAAAAGGUGUUUUGCCACGUUUGAAGAGAAGUUCUUCCAAACCUGCGAGAAAGAACUUGCCAAAAUCAACAUUUUCUAUUCAGAAAAGCUUGCAGAAGCUCAGCGCAGGUUCACUACCCUUCGGACGGAGCUGCAGUCAACUUUGGACGCACAGAAAGAAGCCAGCGGGGCUUCCACGCAGCAGCGGCGCAAAAAGCCGGUCUUCCACCUGUCCCACGAGGAGCGUGUCCAGCAUAGGAAUAUCAAAGACCUGAAAUUGGCCUUCAGCGAGCUCUACCUCAGCCUCAUCUUACUGCAGAACUAUCAGAACCUGAACUUCACAGGCUUCCGCAAGAUCUUGAAGAAACAUGACAAGAACCUGGAGACGACACGAGGGGCGGAGUGGCGGGUGGCCGAGGUGGAGGUGGCCCCCUUCUACACCUGCAAGAAAAUCAACCAGCUGAUCUCCGAAACAGAGGAAGUGGUGACCAACGAGUUAGAAGAUGGGGACAGACAGAAGGCUAUGAAACGUCUGCGUGUUCCACCUUUGGGAGCAGCUCAGCCUGUACCAGCCUGGACUACAUUCAGGGUUGGAUUGUUCUGUGGAUUGUUCAUUGCACUGAACGUGACUGUCAUACUUUCAGGUGUGGCUUUUAUAGAAGGACCAAAUGUGUGGCCACUGGUGAGAAUCUAUCGAGGUGGCUUUCUCCUGAUAGAAUUCCUCUUUCUCCUGGGUAUCAACACGUACGGCUGGAGACAGGCUGGAGUGAAUCAUGUCCUCAUCUUUGAACUCAAUCCCCGCAGCAACUUGUCCCAUCAACAUCUCUUUGAGAUUGCUGGAUUCCUGGGGGUUUUGUGGUGCCUGAGCCUGCUGGCAUGUAUAUAUGGUAAAUUCACCUACAUCCCUAUGCAGGUGAAUCCACUCAUCUUGUACGGCUUCAUGUUGCUUUUUCUCAUCAACCCUACCAAAACCUUAUAUUACAAGUCCCGUUUUUGGCUGCUCAAACUAUUGUUUCGAGUGUUCACGGCUCCCUUCCACAAAGUAGGCUUCGCAGAUUUCUGGUUGGCUGAUCAGCUCAACAGCCUGGUCGUGAUACUCAUGGAUCUGGAGUACAUGAUCUGCUUCUACAGCUUCGAGGUUCAGUGGGAGAACAACGAUGGACUUCUGGCAGAUACAGAAGAUCAGAUUUGUUACAGCUACUCCUACGGAGUGAGAGCAGUUGUCCAGUGCAUCCCUGCUUGGUUGCGAUUCAUCCAGUGCCUGCGCCGUUACCGCGAUAAUAAACGGGCCUUUCAUCUGGUUAAUGCUGGAAAAUAUUCCACCACCUUCUUCGUGGUGACAUUUGCAGCCCUCUACAGCACUCACAAAGCUAAAAACCACAGCGACACCCAAGUGUUCUUCUACCUGUGGAUUAUCUUCUAUUUCAUCAGCUCUUGCUAUACACUCAUUUGGGACCUGAAGAUGGACUGGGGUCUCUUUGACAAAAACGCUGGUGAAAACACCUUUCUCCGAGAAGGAAUUGUCUACCCACAGAAAGCUUACUACUACUGUGCCAUUGUAGAGGACGUGAUCCUGCGUUUUGCGUGGACCAUCCAGAUCUCCCUCACCUCCAUGCAAAUCUUCCCGUAUGCUGGGGACAUCAUUUCUACUGUGUUUGCCCCACUUGAGGUUUUCAGGCGGUUUGUGUGGAACUUCUUCCGUCUGGAGAACGAGCACCUGAACAACUGCGGGGAGUUCCGUGCCGUCAGGGACAUCUCCGUGGCACCGCUCAAUGCCGAUGACCUGACGCUCUUGGAUCAGAUGAUGGACCAGGAAGAUGGAGUACGAAAUCGCCGUAAAAACAAACAGUGGAAGCGCAGCCAGAGCAUAUCCUUGCGCAGACCUCGUCUUGCUUCACAGUCCAAGGCUUCUGACAUUAAGGUAUUGAUAGAGGAACUAGCGAAAGAAGUGAACACAUGAAACGGCCACGGUCUUUUAUUCCGCAUCCUUUGUUUUCUCAUUCUGCUCCCCUCUUCCCCAAGUAACCCAAUCUCUGGUACAGUUCCAGCUGAAAACAGGAGAAAACACUGAACACGUUUUCCGAGCUCUUCCAGACCAGAUCCUAUGGACUCCAACAAGCUCACUGUGUUUCAUUUCUUUUCUUCUGGGUUAAUUUUGAUGUUCUAUUUUAAAAAUAAAAUAUUUUACUUUCUUUUGCCAAUAAAGAGGACAGUUCAGGAAAGAAGGAUUGUUUACAGUCUCAACAAGGACAUACAAACCUAUCUGGAUAAAGAAGCAUCAUAGGGACUCCCUCAUGGGACAGUGCCGAGAACACCCUCGGUUUCUGCUUGGCCCGGUUUUGACUGGUUGAAACCGGACUUAAGUUUUUAAAUCGGAUUUUUUUUUUUGGUUUUUGUUUUUUUUUUUCUUCAUAUCCAGCGCUGAGGCACUGGCUGCACUUGCAGGGAAAGUGCACUUAGAGCAGUAUCUUCAUUCAUGAAGCUACUUUUUAAUUUGAUGUAACUUUUCUUAUAAGUUUUUGGAAAUAUGAUGUACCUGUUGCGUAUAGUUUUCACAUUAUUUAUGAAACCUAACAACCAUAUGAGAGUGAUUCUGAGUCCUGUGCAAUGAAGGUUGUAACAGUAAAACGAAGCCGGGAAUGUCGAUCUAGAUCUCUAGGGUUGUGGGGUUAUGCUCUGCACGUACCCCUCUCGCGAGACGACUUGCACCUGUUUACCUUUUAUCUCUUUCUUUCUUUCUUUUCAAUUUUAUUUUAAGCCAAAGUUUCUCUUUCUGACUUUUAGUUGCUGCUACUGCUUCUGGGCACGUCUCUUGUGCCAGUUCAAUGCUGACUUCCCCUGCAGCCGUGUGAGAGCAGUGCAAGUGAUCCCGAGACCCUUUCGAAGGGCGAGUCGGGUCCCACCGAUCGUGCGAACAGCCGGGCAGACAAAGGCUUCAGAACAACAUUGUCCGGAUCAAAACCUGUAUUUCAAAGCCUUAAUUAUCGUUAGCUAAGUGAGGGCACGACCCACCCCGUGCCAAGCUGGGGGCUUUCCUGCUGUUCUCCAGCUGGCUGUGCUCGGGGAGCGCGGCACUCGGUCUCCUCCCGUAGAGAAGGAAGCAGGCGGGUGGCUGGCUCCCGGACAGCCGUGUCCAGCUGUGUGCUGCUGCGAAGGCGAGGUGGGCCUCCUGCUGUAGGAUCCUUGCACUGCUGUCUGUCUGUUUUCGGCGAUGGAAUUGCAGGAACGCCGGCCUGGCUGCCCCGCUGUUUGCGUUGGCGAGCUGUUAGCGCGGUUCCCCACCUGCCCGCCGCUGCGUUGCGUUUUCUCCCUUUUUGCCUGCUGUGCCUCUCUCGCCCAGAGGAACCGAAGAAGGAAACGUAGUUCAUUUCAUCUGAAAUAGCUUAAAAUUAAGUGGUAGUGAACCCGUGACAGAACGAGGCCAACACUGCAGGUCGGUGGCUGCCCGAGACGUGCGCUGAGCUCGCCGGGGACCUCGGUGCGGUGCGGCGGCCGCCUCCGUCUGCUCGGUGCCCACGAGCUGCUGCCCCUGCCAGCUCCCCUAGGUCCACCACUCCCUGCUCGUAGGCAAGCAGAGCCUGAGGUCUGAAGCUCCUUCAAAUAGUUGUGCUAAUUGGCAGUGGUCGCUGCUGGAGCCCUGCAGAGCUGGGGGCAGCUCUCCGGGAGGGCAGCGGCACCGAGGGGAGCAGUCUGGAGUGAGUGUGGUUACUCCGGUGGUGGUUUUUGUAAAGAAAGCUCGGGGAUGCAUCGCAGCCUGGCUCCCAGAGGGGAUUUAAGGUGCCGCCGGGAGCUCCCUGCCUUCCUCAGCGGGGCUGGGGAGAGCCGGGCACAUCGGGGGCCCCUGGUGCUAUCCCGACGGGGAGCAGCGAGUUGCAAGCAGUUGUUUUUACUCUGUGGUUUAUCAAAGCAAGAAUCCAUCUGUCCGUCUGCUGCUCGGGCCUGUCUCCUUCCCGGCUCUCUCCUUUUUUUUUUUUUUUUCUUUUCUUGUUUUUUUUUCCUCUGUCUUUGCUGCCAGGAGAAAUAAGCAAAGGGGGAGGCGGCGUGCCGCAGCUGGCAAACGUUAUCUCCUGAAACACAACGCCGCCGUCCCUUUUGGCAGGGAGGCUGCUCUGACUUCCUGGCAGCGUGGCUUUUCAAGGACCCCGUCUCCCCGGCGCGUGGUCCCGACCUCCCGGAGACUUCUGAGAAACGCGGAUUCCCCCCGAGGGUCGGUGCUAAAAGCCGGGCGGCCCCGUGGCUCUGCGAGCAUCUGGCCACCAGAGCCGGGUGGAGGUGGAGAGAAAUGGUGCCGGGCUCCUGGAGCCAGGGGAGCGGGCGGCCGAGUUUUGUGAGUGGAACCGAAAAGGGGACUUGGAAACACCGCCGGGGGGAGAAAAGCAGGGGAGCGAGCUGGGAACGCCGGGGGAGCAGAAUGAGGAGCUGGUGCUUUAGGUGCUGGGAUGUGCCCGAAGGCUGCUCGCAAGCUGUGGUGGGCAGCUCGGUGGUCUUGAGGUCUUCCCCUUGCCUUCAUGGCAUGAAACUCACCCAAAGCCUGGCCUGUGGGGGUGGCAGGGAAACCUCCUCCAGCUGCUGGAGCCCUUGGGGAUGGUCCCACCGAAGGGGAGGCGAUGCUGCGGUGUGGGCCGUGGUUUUUGGGGAUCCCCUGUGCGCUCCUUUCUCUUUGCUCCCUGCUGCUCUCCAUCCCGCCCGCCCUGCCAGGGAUCCGCGGCUUGCAGGGGGUGAGGAUUUCGGGGUGGCAGGUUGGGAUUUGCAGCCUCGGGGGUUUCUCAGCUACCCGGAGCUCCCCGCUGCCCCCUUCGGCUCUGCCCCGGCCCCGUCUCACCUCCACCUCCCCGUGGUUGGGGCGAGCUCGGCCUCGAGCAUUUCCUUGGUUUGUUUUAUCCCAAAGGCCGUGGGAUCGUUUUCGCUGUGUUGGUCCGAACGGUUACUCUCUGAAGCCCUGACCUGUAGAUGUCCAAAGUAAUUAUGGAGUGUGAUUAGUCCUCUGUGGGUGCUUUCUUUCUUUCCUCCUUUCUCUUUCGCUAUCCCCUUCUCCACUCUUCUUUUUGGCUAAGUGGAAAAGGUGAGGACAAAGAAAUUGCCGCUUGCUUGGACUCAUGAUGUAUCUGUGACUGCGCUGUUAGCUGUCUCCUCUUUCCUUCCCAAAUGGAUAUCAUUUUUUUGGAGUGUGGAAUACCCUUCUUGAUAAGUAGGUUUAAAAAAAAAAUAAUAAUAAUGCACAAUGUGAUACUGUUUCAUAGUUCCUAGGUGGUUGUAUCAAAGCAAAGUUACUGUGAUUGUGUUUUUAAAAGGAAAAAGUGAUUGGUUACGAAAUCUGUCCUUUUUUUUCCCUUAUUACAAGCUCUUUGUUUUCCAA